AUGCCGUCGAUUUCUGUUCUGUCGGGGUUUACCUUCCACAACUGGGGACCACUCACCACAACCUGGACCCCGCCCGCUUCUUGCCAAUCGGUCCAGAAUGAUAACCUCUAUAUCGCGAAGACCAGCGCUCCAACAGUCGACCUCGGCAGUGUCUCCUGUGGCGUGUCGGCGGACCCCUGGGGCUGCUAUCCAACAGGCACUAUCACCAUCACUGAUCUGCCGACCGCGACCUCAUGGUUUCAGGACCCUCACAAAAACCACUUCUACCAGCAAUACUACUCUCCUGGUCUCUACUGUCCUUCCGGAUGGGGCCCAGUGGCAACGGCAUCGCGCAACGGCACUAAGACUGUUGAGUGGAAUGGGGCUUUCAAUCCUGCCGUUCCCUCGCCAUCAUCGGUCUACUUCGCGUACGCGAACGUGGUCAACAAUGUGUUCUUGCAGGUCCUAGAUCCGAGAGAGACUGCCGUGUUGUGCUGUCCGAAGUCCAUGACCCCAGCUCCCAACGGAGUAUAUUGCUACUCAACUGUACCAGACUACACGCCGACAAGUGUCUGCAAUGAAAUGAUGCCAACGGCUGAUGCCGAUGCGCUACCUGUGACCAAAUCGAUCUGGUGGUAUGGCAAAACCGUCGAAGCGGUUCUCGGUGCUCCAAUUACUGCAGAUGCCGUCAUUUCAGAGACUCGAACUACUCAUUUCAAAGCAAGCGAUGUAUCUUCUCUUCUUGCCGUCACAGCAGUUCGCCCCAUCACGCUUAUGCAUCAGCCGACAGAUGUGAGCACAUCUAACCCGGCAGUCAGACUUAGUCCAAGACCGUCGAAUUGGAAUGGAAUUGGCACUGUGGUUGGAAUCACGGCUGCGGGAAUGUUCCUGGGUGCAGCAAUGAUCUUGCCGUGGUAG